AUGUCGAGAUCAAACCUGGCAGCUGUUUCUCUCGGAGCUGCAGCGAGCAACCCGCCCCAGAGCGACCCGUCCCAGAGCGAGCGACCCGUCUCAGAGCGAACCGUCCCAGAGCGACUAGCCCCUCAGAGCGAGCGACCCGUCACAGAGCGAACCGUCCCAGAACGAGCGACCCGUUCCAGAGCGACCCCUCCCAGAGCGACCCCUCCCAGAGCGACCCGUCUCAGAGCGAACCGCCCCAGAACGAGCGACCCGUUCCAGAGCGAGCAACCCCUCCCAGAGCGACCCGUCUCAGAGCGAACCGUCCCAGAGCGACCCAUCAGAGCGAGCGACCCGUCCCAGAGCGACCCGUCCCAGAGCGACCCGUCACAGAGCGACUCGUCCCAGAGCAACCCAUCACAGAGCGACUCGUCCCAGAGCGACCUGUCCCAGAGCGACCUGUCCCAGAGCGACCUGUCCCAGAGCGACUCGUCCCAGAGCGACUCGUCCAAGAGCGACCCCUCACAGAGCGACUCGUCCCAGAGCGACCUGUCCCAGAGCGACCUGUCCCAGAGCGACUCGUCCCAGAGCGACCCAUCACAGAGCGACUCGUCCCAGAGCAACCUGUCCCAGAGCGACCUGCCCCAGAGCGACUCGUCCCAGAGCGACUCGUCCAAGAGCGACCCCUCACAGAGCGACUCGUCCCAGAGCGACCCAUCAGAGCGAGCGACCCGUCCCAGAGCGACCCGUCCCAGAGCGACCCAUCACAGAGCAACUCGUCCCAGAGCGACCCAUCACAGAGCGACCUGUCCCAGAGCGACCUGUCCCAGAGCGACUCGUCCAAGAGCGACCCCUCACAGAGCGACUCGUCCCAGAGCGACCUGUCCCAGAGAGACCCGUCCCAGAGCGACCCGUCACAGAGCGACCCGUCACAGAGCGACCCGUCUCAGAGCGACCCGUCCCAGAGCGACCCAUCCACAGAGUGAGCGACCCGUCACAGAGCGACUCGUCCCAGAGCGACCCGUCCCAGAGCGACCCGUCACAGAGCAACUCGUCCUAGAGCGACAUGUCCCAGAGCGAACCUGCCUUACUGUCACUUAUCAGUGA